UCUGUGACUCUGUCUACAGCAUAUUACAUGGAUUCAAAGUAAGACUGACAGAAGCGACAAGACAAAGAAACAGAUGCUACAUGAUAACUCCGCCUAUACGAAACAACCAUUCAAUUCCACCAGAGACGUCCACAAUAUUGAUUUGCACAGGGUUCUUUGUUGCAAUAUGGGGUUACAAAGACGAUAAGAAUAGGAGGAGCUCAGGGGCUCCGUCUUAUCUGGAAUGUCACAAACGGAUAUCAUACUCGGGAAAUCCACGACGUCGAAGAUGAACAAAAAAAGCAAUAGUUCUUAUUUUAGAUUUGGAUCAUAUGAGACAUAACAAUAAUGCUCCGUAUCGAG